CAUUAAUAAAUAAAUCACCACAAUUUGGAAUUGGAAUACUACUGUCGGCAGUCAUUAAAAAACUUUUGGCCUUACUUUUUCUAUAUAUCUUUUUAUCCUCGUAAAAAGUAAGGCAAAGAGAACACUGCGACAUUUAUUCGGCGAAAUAUUAUUUUCGUCAGUCGAGCUGCGAGCAACACCUAUAUUUUAAAAAAACAAUUUUCUGUUCAAUUUUCAUAAUAAAUUUAAAAGCUAUUUUCUACUGAAUUUGUUUUUAUUAAGUACGUAUACAAAUAAUGAUAAAAAUGUAAGAGACAAGGGAUAACAUCUUUUGUUUGUUACGUGUGUGACGACUGCCGUGUAAUUUCAGAAGUUUUGAAUUACUUAUAUGCCUUACGUAUAAUCUCAUAUAUAUUUUAAUAAAAUUCAAGAGUUAACAAAUAGUAAUGAAGCGGGAGAGAGAACCGGGUCUAGGCCCACUUUACCGUAUAAGUACUAUUUUUUAGAUGUAAGCGUACAGCACGAGUGAAAAAGGGUCAAUCCGAUGAACUUCUAGCAAUGCUUGAAGAUCGUCCCCAUUUAUGUGAUAAAAAGUUUACUAAUGCAGAAGACCGUAUAACUUUCCAAGAGGGCUGGAAAGAGAUUGCUGAUGAGCUCAAUCAAAUUCCAGAUGGGGCUGUAAAAACUCCAGAGCAGUGGAUGACGGUGUGGAGAGAUUUCAAAAGCCGUGCCUGCAUGAAAGCGGCAAAAUUACAAAACGAAAAGGUGCAGCCAAACAAUAAAGCCAUCACCAUUACCCCUUUAACUGAGUUUGAGAAGAGAAUAAUCGCUCUUAUUUGUACAGAUUAUGCAUUUGAUGACUUCUGUGAACAUUCUAUGCAAGAGGAUGAUUCUAAUGAAGCUGCCCAAGACAGUAAAGGUGCUGAUUUAAUCAAUACACAUCAAACUCAAUCUGUGAGUAGCAGAACAGCAGCUACUGUUCCCUCAACACCCACUGUUGAACAGCCACGCAGGAAGAAUAGAUAUUUGCAUCCUCGCAGAAGUGUGGCGGAGCUGCACAAUGAAGCGCGUCGAGAAUUGUUGGCUGUAGCACAAUCCAACGCACAGUCAAUGAGGAUGCUAGCAAAAUCUACCCAAUUACAUGCAGAGGCUGCAAAAAUGCAAGCAGAAUCAUCUUUGUUAUUCGCGCAAGCCGCCAACAAAAUAGGAGACGCUCUAAUCUUAUUAGCGAAUAAAGAAAAUAAAAAAUAAUAAA